AGAGAAAAGAAAGGUAGGUGUAGCGAGAAGAGGUAGGAAAAAUCAAGCAUCACUCUCACUCUGUCCAUGCUACUACUACUAACUAAUAUAUAUUAACUAAUUAACUAAUUAUAUUAAGUACCACCACACUAAUUAACUUCACUCGUUCUUCGAUCCUUCUCUUCUUCUUCUUCUUCAACAGUUCAACUUCUUCCCCUUCCGCAACUACUAAAAAAGCUAAACAAAAACAAAAAUGGCAAUAAAAUCCAGCAAUCUCUUAACCACAAAGCCAUCACCACUAACAGCAAUGGUAACACUCCUAAUCCUGUUCAUCCUAGCUUUCUACACCCUCCAUUUCCCACACCCUUCCCUCUCAAACAAAACAACCUUCCAAAACAUCUUCCUUUCAUCUUCUUCCAACUCCACUAUAUCCACCUACCUCCGCACCCUCACCAUGCACCCUCACCUCGCUGGAACUAAACCCAAUUCCAAAACCGCAACUUUCCUCCUCAACCACUUCUCUUCCUUAAACCUCCCUUCUCACACAACUUCUUACAAAACUCUUCUCUCUUAUCCAUUGCACUCUUCCCUCACCGCGCAUUUUAGCAACCAUUCAUCUCCCCUCAACCUUCCACUAACCGAACCAUCCGCUCCAUCCGUGGUUCAUGCUUACCACGCUUAUUCACCAUCCGGUUCAGUUUUUGCCAAACCGGUGUUCGUUAACUACGGAAGAGACAUCGACUAUCGUGCGCUUGGGGUGGACGUUAAGGGGUGUAUAGUGAUCUUACGAAAAGGUGGAAACUUGGGGCGUAGCGCAAUGAUUGAGAAGGCUGAGGCAAAUGGGGCAGUGGCGGUGUUAAUCUACAACGACGAAGGUGACACGUGGCGUAAUGGUUUUGAGAGAGGUCACGUGAUGAAGGGUGUGGGGGACCCACUCAGUCCUGGUUGGGGUAGUAGUGUUGAUGGAAGUGAGAGGUUGAGUUUGGAAGAUAAUGAGGUUUUGAAAAGGUUUCCCAAAAUUCCUUCCAUGCCACUCUCUGCUGAGGUUGCUGAUACUGUUUUGUCUUCACUUGGUGGUUCUCCGGUGCCCUUAGACUGGAGGGAUGCCUUCAAUUCUAAGGUUACACAUGUUGGUCCUGGUCCCACUAUGCUCAAUUUCACCUACCUGGGUGAAAUGAAGGUGGCCACCAUUCAAAAUGUUUUUGCUGUCAUAAAAGGAUCAGAAGAACCUGAUCGCCAUGUUCUGCUUGGGAACCAUAGAGAUGCAUGGACUUAUGGUGCUGUUGAUCCCAGCAGCGGGACAGCUGCCCUACUUGACCUUGCUCGACGAUUCUCUAUUCUACUCAGUUCAGGGUGGAAGCCAAGGAGGACAAUCAUUCUAUGCAGUUGGGAUGCAGAGGAAUUUGGCAUGAUAGGAUCCACCGAAUGGGUUGAACAAAACCUUAUCAAUCUUGGUUCCAAAGCUGUAGCAUAUCUGAAUGUGGACUGUGCUGUUCAAGGCCCUGGUUUCUUUGUUGGCUCAACUCCUCAGCUAGACAGUCUUAUUCUUGAGGUCAUAAAAAAGGUGAAGGAUCCCGACUCCGAGGGUGUGUCAGUAUAUGAUACAUGGGCUGCUGCCGCUGGAGGAAAUAAUAUUCAGAGGCUCGGUAGAGUUGAUUCUGAUUUCGCUCCGUUUGUGCAACAUGCAGGGGUUCCAUCUGUAGAUGUGUAUUAUGGAAAAGGUACAUACCUCGCCAAAUUAGCUAGAGGAUUCUGUUUCAUAUAUGGAAAGUCGUGCUACAGCGCAGAUUUUCCCGUUUAUCACACUGCUUUCGACUCCUAUAACUGGAUGGCAGAGUAUGGAGAUCCAUUCUUCCAACGCCAUGUUGCUGUUACUGGAAUUUGGGGCCUUCUAGCCCUUCGCCUGGCUGAUGACUCCAUUCUUCCUUUCGAUUACUUGUCAUAUGCAAAUGAGUUACAGUUAUACAGAGAUAUUUUGAGCAACAUGUUAGACCAGAAAAUUUCUGUGCACCCAUUAACGUCGUCAAUUGAAGAAUUUGCUUCUGCUGCCAAAGAAGUUGAUGAUGAAUUAAAGGAACUUAGAUUGCUGGAAACUGCAGGUCAGUUUGUAGAUAUGAAAAGACGAGCGAUGAACGAUAGACUAAUGCUUGCAGAAAAAGGUUUCCUAGAUGGAGACGGACUUGAAGGAAAACAGUGGUUCAAGCAUCUUGUGUUUGGGCCUCCCAAUGACCCUGAGAAGUUAGAUUUCUUCCCUGGGAUUGCUGAUUCUAUAACUAGGUCAGCUAGCACAGGUGAAAGAGAACGGCUGGCAGAAAUUCAACAUGAGAUCUGGAGGGUUGCUAGAGCCAUUCAAAGAGCUACUUCUGCACUUAGAGGAGAAUUCACCUAAACCCUAAUAUGAAGAAAACUGAUCAAUAGUCGAUGGAAGAGUCUAUUUUUUAGUUACAUGUAAAUAUUAGUCUUAUGUUUUAUGUCUAUAUAACUGUACAUUAAUUAAGUUAUCAAAGGAGAAAUCAAUAUUUAACCGGUUUUUGCCCUGUUA